AUGGUCGAGGCCGCAAACCAGAAUGAAGCGACUGCUCCGGUUGAGCGGCCUUGGGGGGCUAUCUUAGCCAAUCGAAAGUUGGUUUGGUACGCCAUCAUCGCCAAUAUUGGUCCGCUCAUGUUCGGAUACGACCUCGUGGUUGUCGGUGCCAUUUCAGCCCUUCCAAAGUUUCGUGAAGACUUCGGAGAUGGCUUCGGGAUGGCAUCCAUCCUUCCUGCUCUAUGGCUUGGCCUAUGGAACGGUUUGGUUCAAGCAGGUGCGGCUGGAGGGUCGGUCACAGCUGGCUGGUUCCAAGACCGCUUCGGUCGCCGUGCGGCCUUCUUCCUUGGCGGUGUUCUAGGGCUAGUCGGAACCGCAGCAGCAUACACUUCCGGCAUGCCAUCAGGAGUCACCGAACGACGAGUGUUGUUCUUAUUCGCCAAGAUCAUUAUCGGAAUGGGCUGUGGUGUUCUCAUGUCUGCAUGUCAGACGUACAUCUCUGAAAUCGCACCCAAGAACCUUCGCGGAGUCUUGCUCGGGUUCUACGCCUUCAAUGUGUCUUUCGGGCAUCUCCUCGCCAUCUCGAUCGUUUUCGACCAAGUCAGCAACCUAUCAUCGACAUCAUACCAGAUACCAUUCGCUACGCAGUGGGCUUUCGGAGGCGUGGCAAUCAUUGCGGCCUUUUUGCUUCCAGAAAGUCCCGUCUGGCUCAUAUCACGAGACAAUAUUGAGAAGGCCGAAAAGUCUCUGACCAAGCUGGGAACCGCCGGAGGCCAGAACAUGCUUCAGAGGAUACAAGCCACCUUGGCGCAUGAGGAUGACGAGACUGCUCAAGGAAGAAGUCAGCCGACAUACCGCGAAUGCUUCCAGGGCACCAACCUUCGCCGGACGAGGAUCAUCAUCUUCCUGAAUAUCCUCCAGCAGUUCGUAGGUAUGGCACUUUUGCAGAACGGAGCGUACUUCCUCACCAUGGCUGGCAUGCCUGCCAAGUACUCCCUCAUGGUAAAUCUCAUCGGCGUCGCCUCCAACAUGGUCGCAAACAUGAUCUCGUGGUAUACCGUCCCAAGAUUCGGCAGGAGGACAAUGAUUCUUUUCAGCAUCGUCUUGGACAUACUGUCUUGGGCGGCCAUGGGUAUCGCGGCUUGCUUUUCUACCUCGGCGGCUCAAUGGUUUGUCGGGGUCGCUCUUCUCCUGUUCGGCUUCUUCAACAGCUUCGGAGUUGCCAGUGCGGUGCCGGUCAUCGUUUCCGAGAUCUCGUGUGUCCGUCUCCGAUCCAAGUCUGCAGGUAUUGGUCUCGCGGCCCAGUCCAUUGGGGCCUGGAUCUUCAGUUUUUUCACGCCAUACAUGUACAACCCCGAUGAAGCAAACUGGGGAGGGAAGAUAGGCUUCUUCUUUGCGGGAACGAGCGUCUUGGUCCUGAUCGUUUCAUGGUUUGAGAUUCCGGAGACGAAGGGCAGGACCCAUGCGGAUCUCGACUUUCUGUUUGAGUCGAAGGUCAAGUCUUCGGCCUUUGCAAAGACUGUCAUUCCUGAAGUCCCGCUACCUGAGGAUGACUUGAAGGGACUCGGUGGUGAGAAGUUUUGA